CGAUGCAUGACACAAUCUGACACCCUAUUUGCUAUUCUCAAUUGAAAAUUGAACAGUAUGCAUUGACAAAAAAAGUGAUUAAAUUCAGUGAAAUGGAGCUUUGAGUCGUCAACUUCUAUUUAAAUUCCGCGUGAAUAAAAAAUUCCUGUGAAAUUCCUCCCCAAUUCAUAAAAAUCCCGAAAACCUCGAUCAUGCCUUGUGACGGAAAAAACGCCAAUUGCGAACGUCGCCGAGAACUUUUGUCCCAGUUAAAAUGUCUCAUCAGUUCAAUGGACAGGAAAAAGCCCUGCGAAUGGGAUGAGAAUCCUUGCGCCCCUCCACUUUGCGUUUCUCGAGUUCAACCGCAGUCUCCAGAAUGUGGGAUUCUUCUCAAGCCCUGCAAAAGCUACGAGCUUCGUAGCAGCAUAAUGUACCGCUGCGAGUGUAUAAAAAGGAAUGGUCUCCAAGACAGAUGCAUGAUGUGGAACUGCAUGGGUCGACCCGAGUGCAUGACGAAGCUCUACCCAGUCUGCGGACCAGGAAGGGCGGCUCUACUGAAAUUAACCGAUCUGGGAGACAUGACUGAGGCCCUACAGAGAUUCUACAAUGCCGAUCAGGCCCGAGAAUCUGCCCUGGCAGCGUACUGCCGGCUCGCGUGUCCCGAUAUCAAUGCUAUGAUCCCAAACCCUUGCGCUGAACAGCAAUCGAGCUGUCAACAGCAAUCUCCCUGCGCCUAUCCCAGUUUCAUUCAAUGUUAAAAAAAAAUCUCAAAAAAACAGAAAAAUGCUACUGAU